UCAGUGAUUGUGCCAACAGCAAGAGCCUGAUCUCAGCGCGCCAAAAGGCUGGAGGUCUCCUCCCGCCGUCAUGUCGCGACAGGCUUUGUUGCUGGUUCUUCUAGUCGUCGUCCUGGGCGCUCAAGCUCGGUCGCAACAGAACGGGAAGCGGAAGUCCGGCAGGAGGGCGGUACUCGCGCAGCAGCCAUCGGCAGGCGCAGACGCCGACAACACUGACAUCUAUAAUGAAUAUUACGAAGAAUACGAUGGAUACGACGAUUAUGAGAAUGGAGGCAGGACCACUACGCCGCCACCUGCGGUCACGCCUCCCACGCCACCACCUUCGCCACCAGCACCUCCACCUUCUCCACCAGCACCACCACCACCUGCGCCACCUCGACCUAGAAUUCCAGUACAGCCCCUGCCGCCAGUGCCGACGCAACCCCCUACACUGCCCACAUCUGCACCAACCCCGGCACCCAGCCCUGUGCAGCGUCCAGAUAGUGCAUCAAGGGUCUCUCCUGACACCAGAGAGGCGGGCGGGUGCACAUUCGAGGGUUUGCCGCGCAAGGACGGGGAAACGUGGAGACCGGAUGCUUGCACGUCGUGCCACUGUGAACAGGGCCGCGUCGAAUGCUCGCAGCUGGGAUCCUGCUCGUCAGGAACAGACUGUGAGGGGGUGGUGUGUACGGAGCUAGAAUGUCCUUCCCUACAAUAUAUACCACUCGGACAGUGCUGUCCCGUCUGUGCAGAUGAAGAGGUGGAGCCCGAACCUCCAUCCCAUACAGUACUACCGGUUCGCCCAAUCCCAGGACAGGGACCUGGCCCUGUGGAGACCACUAACACAGAGACCAUUGGACUACCUGGCCCUAGGGGUGAUCAGGGUGCUCCUGGAUCCCCAGGUCGACCAGGGGAUGCUGGGUUUCCUGGAUCACCUGGAACACCUGGAAUUCCCGGAAGUCCUGGACCCCCUGGACUGGCACCUGAUGUGUCCAGCUACUACCACCAGCUGGCCCUGUCACAGGCUACAGGAGACAAAGGACCCACAGGACCUGGAGGAUUCCCUCCAGACCCCUUCCAAUAUUUGCAAGCUCAAGUGGGGCCUGUAGGGCCCCGUGGACCUCCAGGGCCACCAGGUGCUGCAGGUCCACAAGGGUUCCAGGGAGUGCGGGGUGAGCCAGGGGAGCCAGGACCUCCAGGACAACCAGGAUCACCAGGCCCCAGGGGGCUACCAGGUCUGCCUGGGAAAGAUGGAGAGACUGGUGAUGAUGGUGAGGCAGGACAACCAGGGUCUCAGGGCCCUCCCGGACCUAGAGGACUACCUGGCAUGCCAGGACUGCCAGGGAUCAAGGGACACCGUGGCUUUCCAGGCCUGGAUGGGGCAAAGGGCGAGCAAGGGUCAUCAGGGGAGAAGGGUGCACAGGGAAGUUCAGGGCCCAUUGGUCCUGUCGGUCCCAUGGGCCCAGCAGGCCCACGAGGAGAAAGGGGAAGAGAAGGACCUCCUGGACCACCUGGACUGCGUGGUAUUGAUGGCAUUGCAGGGCCCCCAGGAUCUCCGGGAGCGAUCGGGAAGCCAGGCCCACCUGGGUUCCCUGGGAGUCCAGGCAUCAAAGGUGACCAGGGUGCUCAGGGCCCUAAAGGGAGCCAGGGACUGCAGGGACCACGAGGUGAGGCAGGAAGGCCAGGACAGCCUGGAGAGUCAGGUCCACAGGGACCAGCUGGCAAGGAUGGACUUCCAGGAGAGAAGGGAAGCCCUGGAGCAAUAGGUCUUGCAGGACCUCCAGGAUUUCCAGGAGCUAGAGGACCUCCAGGCCUUUCUGGGAGCCCUGGAUCACCUGGAGUGAAAGGGAGUCCAGGAAUACCAGGAGAACGUGGCUUCAAGGGCGAGUCAGGCAUGAAGGGGGAGACAGGAGCUCCAGGGCCCCGUGGACUUCCAGGUGCUGUAGGGGCAGAGGGCAAAAGAGGAAAGAGAGGGCUGCGAGGACCCACUGGGUCUGCGGGUCCACCUGGAGAGCGUGGAGCACCAGGGGGUAGAGGCCUGCCAGGGCCUGAUGGAGCACCUGGACCUAAAGGUCAGUCUGGGGACAGGGGUCCUAUUGGGCCUCAAGGAGUGAAAGGCUCUCAGGGGGACCCUGGCAGACCAGGACCACCAGGACUGCAGGGGCUGCGUGGGACACAGGGACGGACUGGACCUCCAGGUAAACCAGGUAACCCUGGUGAGAGAGGAAUUCAAGGAGCAGAUGGUAAACCAGGAGAACAGGGACCUCAGGGACUUCAGGGACUGCCAGGGCCUUUAGGGGCCCCGGGAGACAAGGGUUUCACUGGAGAGCCAGGGAAAGAUGGAGAACCUGGUCCCCCAGGGCCAGCAGGACCCCGAGGUGAUGCAGGUAAAGAUGGUGCUCCUGGAAUACAGGGCCCUCCUGGGCCUCCUGGGUCUGAUGGUGAGAGAGGGGCCCCUGGACCUGGAGGUCCUAGGGGAUUCCAGGGGGUGCCAGGAGCCCCAGGAAAUCCGGGAACGUCUGGUAAAGAUGGUGAGCCUGGCCUACAGGGCCCACCAGGCAUACCAGGAUCAGCUGGAGGAAGAGGCGAGAGGGGGUUCCCAGGAGAGAGAGGCCCAUUAGGGCCUCCUGGGGGACCAGGGCCCCGAGGUGAAGUUGGAUCCCAAGGACCUGAUGGACUGCCUGGGCCACCAGGUGCAAAGGGCGACAAAGGGCACUCAGGACCAUCAGGAUUAGUGGGUUUGCCUGGUACAAGAGGACAGCCAGGAUUACCUGGAGAGAAGGGUGAGAGGGGUGCAGUGGGCCCCACUGGACCAGAGGGACCCCCAGGUCGGCAAGGGGAGAGGGGUCCUCAGGGGCAGGUUGGUGCGCAGGGUCCCCCAGGGGAGCCAGCAGAAAGGGGGGAUCCAGGGCCACCUGGACCACCUGGCGAGGCAGGAGCCCCUGGAGGUCCUGGAGAGCGAGGUCCUACUGGACCCCAAGGACUGCAAGGAUUUCCUGGCUUACAAGGGUUGGUAGGCCUGCCUGGCAUGAAAGGAGAGAGAGGAUUCCUCGGAAUGAAAGGUGAACAAGGAAAAUCAGGCCCUGUUGGAAGUCCAGGAGAGCCAGGACCUCCAGGACUGGUGGGGCUCACGGGUGCCAAAGGAGCCAGAGGAGAAGCAGGAUUGCGGGGAGAAGUGGGGCUCAUGGGACCACCAGGUCGGCCAGGGGAGCCAGGACUAGCAGGCCAGCCAGGAUCAGUGGGACCACCUGGGACACCUGGUGUGCCUGGAAUUAAAGGCUCACAUGGUGAUACGGGUAGGCCAGGGAAUCCAGGGCCACAGGGUCAGCCAGGGGCACCAGGCCCUGAAGGCCCUAAGGGCGAUACAGGAUCUGAAGGGCCUCCAGGACCUCCUGGGCAACCAGGACCUCAGGGUCCUUCAGGGGACAGAGGACUGCCAGGACUUCCUGGCCCCACCGGACCCGGUGGGGCAAGAGGCCUCCGAGGAGCUGCUGGUGACACAGGACCACCAGGCAAGCCUGGAAGUGAGGGGCCACCAGGGCCUCAGGGUGUAGCAGGACCUCCUGGACCUCCAGGACCUCUUGGAGAGCAAGGACCUGAGGGUGCACCGGGAAAAGCAGGGCCUCCAGGUAUCGCCGGCAGACCAGGAGAUAAGGGACCAGUUGGACCAUCAGGGGUGCCAGGACCCAGUGGGACACCAGGACUGCCUGGCCCUCCAGGUCCAAAUGGCCCACCAGGACCAUCAGGAGAACGUGGGCUGAGGGGGGAGACUGGCCCACAGGGGGUAGAGGGACCCCAGGGUCCAAGAGGUAAGCCUGGAGCUCCUGGACCUGAGGGAGGUAAGGGAGAGAAGGGUGAGGAAGGACCUAAAGGUGCCAAGGGUCAUCGCGGUCUCAUCGGUCUGCAAGGUCUUCCAGGCACUCAGGGGCCUGCUGGAGAGAAGGGAAUGACAGGGUUACCAGGGCCACCAGGAAAAGAUGGAGAGCCAGGCAUGAAGGGAAUGGCUGGUCGAGAUGGAAAUCCUGGAACUCCAGGUCUGCCAGGUCCUCCAGGACAGCGAGGGCCAGCAGGUGAGGAGGGAAGACAUGGUCAGCCUGGAAAUCCGGGACCACCUGGACCUCCAGGUCCUCCAGGAGAAACACUGGGAUAUGAUGCAGCAGCACUGGCAGCCCUGUUAGGACAAGGACAGACAAAGGGCCCUGACCCGCUAAGUGGAGAUGAGCCAGCACGGUUAUUUGGAGCAGAUCUUAGUGACAGUGAACGUCGUGACCUUGUUAUGAAGGCAUACGAGACUCUAAAGACCCAAUGGGAGCGUUUCCGGCGACCCAAUGGGAGAAGGGACUUCCCUGCCAAGACUUGUCGUGAUUUACAUGUGGCACAUCCUGAAUUACCUUCUGGUGACUACUGGGUGGACCCCAAUGAGGGGGAUGUACGGGAUGCAAUCCUAGUGCACUGUGACAUGGUGAACAAGGCCACCUGCCUGUAUCCACAACCCAACCGCACCCCUGAGAUCACGUACGUGGGCGAGGAUCAGGAGAUUUGGGUUACUGAGGUGGAGGGUGGCAUGAAGCUGACAUACAAAGCAGACAGCAAUCAGGUGGGCUUUCUGCAACUCCUGUCAAAGGGUGCCUCACAAAACAUGACAUACCAUUGUCGCAACUCUGUGGCCUACUUUGAUACAAUAAAGCGCACCUAUAGGAAGGGAAUAAAACUGAUGACAUGGAAUGAUGCCGAGAUCGUGCCACGUGGCAGUCAGAGAUUCCGGUAUGACGUCGGGGAGGACGAAUGCAGGUUCAAGAAAGCUGAAUGGGCCAAGACAGUGAUCAGCUACACGACAGACAAUGCAAUGCGACUGCCAAUCGUGGAUGUUGCAGUACGCGAUGUUGGCACUGAUGCUCAGAGUUUCUGGCUUGAAAUUGGGCCUGCAUGCUAUACAUGAUGCUCUUCAAUGAAAGGAUUGGCUACACUGCAUCAUGUAGCAAGACAAGUGUGAAAUUACUAUCUCUCAAGAAAACAUAUGCCUUGUCAAAUUCUUCAGCAGAUUGAAUUGUGUCAUCUGUGAGAUUGUGUCUUUUAUAUACUGGAAAGGUAGCUUUCCAAAGCUAAAGAUCCUUUGAAUGGUGUUUCUGGAUAAAAGUUCAGGUUAUAGUAUAGUUCCAUAAAUCAUUCAGAAUUAAUUAUUAUUUUCAAGAAAGAUUAAAUACCUCUAAGUACAGAUGAUUAUGGGAAAAGUUUUCUAAACUGAACGAUGAUAAGGAGACAACACUUCUUAUAGAGGACAGACUGAGCAAAUGAGCACACAGGUGUUUGUGCCUCUUGAGCUUUCAAUGAAAAAAUAGUCAGUCAUACACUAAAAUUAAUUUCCUCCACACCAGUCCUCCAUUAUGCACCAGUGUGAUUUAUGUAAUGCCAAUGACCUGCAAAGUUGUGUCAGCCACAACAUAAUCUCAGGACAUCAUAUAUAUCCCACACAUUUAAUGACUGUCCAAAUUAUUCAUAGAUCAAAUCAGAAAGACUGAAGUUGCAGAAAAGCUUACAAAAGCUUCUUCUCCUUUUAUAUUGUAAUUUGCAGGUAGAAUCUUCAAGUUCAUGGAAGUCCUUCACCUCCAACAAUUAAUCUCUGUUAUCUGAUUCACUGAAAAUAUUUAUUAUUAUUAUUAUUAUUAUAUGUAUUAUUACAAUUUAACGUGUCUAACUCAAGAGGUUUCUCUACAACUGCAACAGGAAAACUUAUGCCGCCCUGCUAGAAAAUGCUGUGUAACAUCAUUUACUUGCCAUCCGAGUGUCCCCCUCAAAAUCUGAGAGACAUAUUAUUCAUACUCAUUUUAACUAACUAACCAGCAGCAACUUUAAACACACCAUUGAAGCCUGUGUGCCUUUGAGGAAUAAGACAGAAAAGCAGUUUGUUUCGAAUUAACAAAUGUCUGGGUGUUUAGUAACCACAAAUUGAUGUUCCAUUGUUCAAAGAUACCAACUUCUAUUGUAUUUGUUGUGGUUAGUGUGCUUAUUUAACAAGUUUAAAUGGUGAUUGAUUACAAAUUGUAAUGGGUUGAUAAUCAUGUAUAUGAGAUUUCAGAUUCUCACAGUGAUGCCUAUGAAGAUUGCCGUCUUCAGGGAUCUGAACCAUUUAAUUUGGUAGACAGGUACCAGCUUUCAGAAGAACCAGCACUUGCCCUGAAGACUGAAGUAGAAGUUUCUUGUGAAAUGUUAAUACAUAUAUACCAAAUGACAUGGCAUCACAUCUCACAAGACACUAUCUCCACUCUGUAAAUAUUCUUUAAUAUAUUAUAAAUAUCAGGGGACAAGUUUCUGUGGUGGGGUAUUUAAUUCCAUUUCCCACCUUCAAGGUAGCAAAACAACAGACUGCUUCCAAAAAUUAAACAAUACAGUUCUAUCACUGUCAGAGUGAUUUUGCAUGAUAGCACUAGCCAGAGCGGGAAAGGUGAACUGAUCAGUGAGAGUAAAUGGAAUAAGGUUUGACAGUGAAACCCAUAUACAGGAGUGGGUCUUGUGAUUUGUCUGUGUAUUCAUCACUAAUGACAUCUGUUGGCAAUGCUGAUAGAUGACUGUUUAUUAUCUGGUGGGAGGUCACAGUAUAUCACAAAUAUAGGAAAUACAGCAGUAGUACAGCUCCUCACAGAAGUUAACAAAAUGAGAGUCUCACAAAUGUGUUAUUAAUCACCAGAAUAGAAAGGUGCAGAAGCACUUUUCAAGGUCUUAUGAACAAAGACAGAAUUGUUCUUUGGUCAUGCUAUCAUGCUCAGCCAAAUUGCUCAUUGGUACUCUCUCAUGCUUAGCCAAACUUUCCAGUUGUGCUACUCUCAUGAUUAACCAAAAUGCCCAGUGGUGCUGACGCCAUGCUCAGUGAAAUAGCCCAAUGGCGUUGCUGUCAUCUUUGGCAAAAUUACUUCAAAGAAAAUGAGUAUGAAUAUUGAAGAAAACUGCCAAGUUCCAUUUCAGGGGUUGUGUAAUUUACACAACACAUAUUUAUUGUGACAUAGUUUAUAUUUGUGUGGAAA